CUCGUGAUUGACCGGUUUCUCUCCCGUACUGUCAACCAGCAGGGCGCCGGCGCCUCCCCUUCCCAUAUAAGUGAACGGAAUCUAUUCAUUCUUCACGCUGUGCUUGGUGAAGUAGAACCGACUGGUCCACGGGAUGUUGACAGAAUAAAAUCUACUACUUWUGAAGUAUUUURGUCGACCGUUUUCUUUUGGUAGUUUGGCUUUUACGUCGCUCAUAGCCAUCUUCAUCGCCGACACAUAAUCUCCGGUAUUUGGUACCAAGUGAUUGUUUUCUCUCUACCCCGCCGUACCGGGUGCGUUAUUAUCGAAAUGAAGGCUACUACUUCCGUCCGCUUCCAGAAGGAUACCUCAAGRAGCGGCGGCGACGAGCUUUCGUUACACUACCUCUCGGAUCACAGCCUGAACAUCGCCCGYUCUCGGUUGCAGGAAGAAGAGCAGCUGUGUCUGCAGGACGAUAUGAACCACUGUUACAGUCGCCUCAAGCGCCUCGUACCCACCAUACCGCGGGAUAAGAAAGUCAGCAAAGUGGAGAUCCUUCAGCACGUCAUAGAUUACAUCUUGGACCUGCAGCUAGCGCUGGAGACYCACCCUUCUCUCCUGAAACAACAGACCGGGACAUGCCCGCCGUCCCCCGRCUCUAACCGGACACCACUAACGGUUCUCAACACAGACCACCAGAGGAUGUCAACAGGCCAAUAGGAGGACUCCGUUUUGUGUCGCUGAGAAAUGGUGAGUAGGAUCCUAUUAUUCUGGUUU